UGGUGAGAGGCGUACAAGUAGGAGCAUUAUAUAAGGCUGUCAGCUUAAUAAUGGAUCUGGAGAAAUUGACUGUCUGGGGAUCGCUGAAACAAAGGACGAAGCCUUUGUUACAAAACCUGAACGUCAGAAGGACUAAAAAAAGCUCCACCAGAUUCACCGAGAGGAGACAGAUUCAUCCUUUAGAUCGCCGACUUAGCUCCUCGGAGCCCGACGUGCUGAACAUAGAUGGAAAGCUAGAAGAAGAGACCCACUACUCCAGGGCCAAGGCCAUGUCCACCUACUUCCCAAGUGGCUUUUCCGCCACCGAGAUAUUUCUUGAAACCAGUAGUAACUCUUCCACCAGGCAGACGGAGGAAGAAUGGCAGUGGCGGAAGGAGGAGACCGUCCGCUUGGAAAUUGGGGUUCAGGAAACCGAAGGGUUGGUGGUUUGUGGGCCAGAUUUGGAAGAGAGGCGGAAAUCCAGCGAAGAUUUUUUUGAUCUGCUGCAAAGGGAUACUUUCAACAAUGACCUUACAGAAGACCCCCUUGAGAUACCAGAUUUGGUGUCUCUGUAA